CAGCCUCCCAGCACGAUGCGCUCCCGCCUGUCUCCCCGCCAUCAUCCCGAGGCCGGGCUGGGGGGCGACGGGAUCCAUAAAGCUCGAGGCUCCCGUCCAACGGCCGGCUGGGCAAGGCGGGCGUCGAAAGGCCGCUCCGGCCUCCUCGCGCGCCGCUCUCGGGCGCCGCCCAGCGCCGCCGCCGCCUCCCUUUCCUCCUCCUCCUCCGCCAGCCGCACGCAGCGCUUCGCCCCGCUCGGGGCAGGCAGGCAGGCAGGCCGGCCGGCUGGGCCUCGCCUCUUCCUGGCGCCGGCGAGCGGCUUCCCGGGCGGCCUGGGUGAGUCGUCGUCGGCCGCCGCCGCCGGGCCUCCCGCGCCCGCCCAUGGAUUUUACUUAGGCCUCAUGGCGGCCCCCGAGACUCUCCCGGACGUGGCCUCGGCCUCCAGCGCCUCGCUCUUCCGCCUCCGCCACCUCCGCCUCGGGCUGGACCUGCGGCCUGAGGCCCGCGCCUUGGCCGGCUGCCUGGUGCUGGAGUUGUGCGCCCGGCCGGCGCCCGGCGGGGCCCAACCAGAAGCGGCCGAGGAGGAGGAAGAAGAGCGGCGGCCCCGCCGACCUCGCGUCCUGGUCUUGGACACCCACCCGGCCCUUCGGGUGGCCUCCGUGGCUUUCCGGCCUUGCCCCGCCGGCGAGGCCCGCUGCGGCUUCGUCUUCUCCAGCGGCGCGGAAAGCGAGCCUCCGGGCCGGGCCGGCCUUCUUCUGCCGCCGCCGCCGGCCCGCCCGUCCUCCUCCUCCUCGGCUCCGGCGGGCCACCCGCACCCGCAUUGCCUCCUCAGCACCGCCAGCGCACUUUCGGCCUUCGGGCAACCGCCGCCGCCGCCCGAAGGGGACCGGCCGGGUUUAGCCGCCUCCCCGGAGUCCCUGAGGGACCCUCCGGCUGGAAUAGCCCCGCCGCCGUGGGGCGAGCAGCCUCCGCCGGCCGGGCCUUGGGCCUGCGCCCCGCUGGAGAGCGCCGAGGCUCCCGCGCCGCCCUUGCCCGCUUUCCCCCGCUCGGCGCCCGCCCCGUGCCCGCUCUUCUUCCGCGUGGAUCCCUUCACCGACUACGGCUCGGCGCUCAGCGUCUCCCUGCCGGCUUCGCUGGAGCCUCAGCGGCCCUUCCAGAUCAUCGUCCGCUACACCACCGUGGAUGCCCCCGCGAUCUGGUGGCUGGAUCCUGAGCUCACCUACGGCAACUCUAAGCCAUUUGUUUUCACUCAAGGCCAUUCGGUGUGCAACCGGUCCUUCUUCCCCUGCUUUGACACGCCGGCUGUGAAAUGCACUUACUCCGCGGUUGUCAAGGCCCCUGCAGGUAUGCAGGUGUUAAUGAGCGCCACCCAAAGUACCUACAAGGAAGAAGAGGGCGUAUACCAGUUCUACAUGGAGUACCCCAUCCCCGCUUACCUGGUGGCUCUGGUGGCCGGGGAUCUUGUCGCCGCAGAGGUUGGUCCUAGGAGCAAAGUCUGGGCCGAGCCAUGCCUAUUGUCAACAGCCAUCAGCAAACUCUCAGGUCGGGUGGAGCACUGGCUCAGCGCUGCAGAGAGCCUCUACGGUCCCUAUAUCUGGGGCAGGUACGACAUCGUUUUCCUCCCUCCCUCGUUCCCCAUCGUCGCCAUGGAGAACCCGUGUUUGACCUUCGUAAUCUCGUCCAUCUUGGAGAGCGAUGAGUUUCUCAUCAUCGACAUCAUCCACGAAGUAGCCCACAGCUGGUUUGGCAAUGCCGUCACCAACGCCACCUGGGAAGAGAUGUGGUUGAGCGAAGGGCUGGCCACUUACGCUCAGCGCCGAAUCACGACGGAGACUUACGGUGCUGCUUUUACGUGCCUGGAGACAGCCUUCCGCCUUGAUGCCCUUCACCGGCAAAUGAAGCUCCUUGGGGAGGACAAUCCAGUCAGCAAACUUCAGGUUAAACUUGAACCAGGUGUGAAUCCCAGCAACCUGAUGAACCUCUUCACCUACGAGAAAGGGUUCUGCUUUGUUUACUAUCUGUCUCAGCUGUGCGGAGACCCAACACAUUUUGAUGCCUUUCUCCGAACUUAUAUCGAGAAGUACAAGUUCGCAAGCGUUGUAGCCCAAGAUCUGUUGGAUUCCUUCUUGGCAUUUUUUCCAGAUCUGAAAGAACAAUGCAUCGAUUGCAAAACAGGGCUAGAGUUUGACCGCUGGCUCAAUGCCACAGGGCCUCCUUUAGUCGAACCAGACUUAUCUCAGGGAUCCAGCUUGACCCAGCCGGUGGAGACGCUGUUCCAUCUCUGGACCACAGAGCCUCUGGACGCAGGAGCUGCUGCGAACAGCGUCAACAUCGCCGAGUGGCAAACAUUCCAAACGGUGCUUUUCCUGGAUAGGUUACUGGAUGGGUCGCCCUUGCCACAUGAGGUGAUAAGAAAGUUGUCGGAAUGCUACUCGGCUCAGCUGGAAAACAUGAACGCCGAGAUUCGCAUCCGCUGGCUGCAGAUCAUCGUCCGCAAUGAUUACUAUCCUGAUGUUCACAAAGUCCGUCGCUUCUUGGAAAACCAGAUGUCCCGCAUGUACACGAUUCCAUUGUACGAGGACCUCUGCACCGGCACCCUCAAGUCCUUCGCCCUAGAGGUUUUUUUACAGACCCAAGCCCAGCUGCACCCGAACCUGCGGAAAACCAUUCAUCAGAUCCUGACCCAGGGCUUGAACCCACCACUUCUCGCCACGGACACGGCCGCGGCCGCCGUGGUGGCGGACCCUCCAGGCGUCGAGCUUGAGGACAGAGGAGCCGCCGCGCAUGGCGCCGUUUCUCUCAGGGACGUCAAUGUGUCUGCUUAGCUCACGCUGGACCAUGGAAGCUGGAAGGGCCAGCCAGAACGCCAAGCUAGGACUGCCCUCUCUUGCCCUUGGUGCCACUGCUGGGGAGGGGGGGGAGGGGUUGGAUUUUUUUUUUAAAUUCCUCCCCACGUAUGUGUACAUCGAGAGUCCUAUGUGCCUUCAGGUGCCUGACCCCCCUAGGCACAACGAGAUAUCAGGGAUGUAUUUUUUUUUUUCCUUUCUAACUCUUUUAAGCAGUGACUGGGAGCAAGCGACUGUUUGGGCUCAUUGCAUCAUGAAUCUGAACAUCGGACUGAUUUUUGUGUGUGUGCGCGUGCGUGUGUGUGUGUGUGUGUGUGUGGCUGCCAACAAAGCGCAAUUUCCGGCACUCGCUCUCCAAGCCUUGAAGGAGGAGGCAGCAAAAAAAUCCACCCUGGUCCCCAAGGCUGGAAGGGAAGAAAAACACUGAUCAGGAUCAUGGUAAAAUGUCGAAAUGUCGGGAUUUCAUCCCGCCGUCACGCUGCGUUCGAGACCCAGCAUCCGAAAGAAUGAAGCGCUUUCUUCCAAGCGGUGUCUCGGUUUUCAGGAAAACGGUUGGAAAUGGGUCAGAAAUGAAGGGAGACUUGGAUGGGGUUCGCAGGCUGAGGGUGUGAGUGCACACCAGGCUUUAUAGAAACGGGGAGGGGGGGGAGAGAAGCCAAGCCUUUGGGGGAAGGGGUGUGGUAGAAACAUGGGUGUUAACACCGCUUUGCUUUCCUCGGAGACCAGCAAGCCCAACGCUUACGGUGUCGUAGGCACACAGUGGCCAGCAGGGAUGGGAAGGCCUUGCGAGACGGCGCCACGGUUAUGUCAGUGGCCAAUCACCAAAUGCAACAGUGCAAUGUCGCUAUUUCCACAGCAGGUAGUGUUCUUUGCGAAACAAAACCAACCACCACCACACAAAAGCCUGUACUGAGGUUGCUGUAAACCUACUGACUUUUGUCUUCACAUCUUUGGCGCUGUGGGUCUUUGGAUGUUGCCGCUGGUGGGUUUCCAACCCCUUCGUCCAUUAUUCCCCACGCGCACACGCGAGCUCAACGCAACCCUUUCCACGUGUUUUUUUGUUACCAAAGCAACUCUGGGAUUUCUUUGCGUGUGUGCCUCCCUUGUUCAAGAGUAAUAUUUAUUCUCUGUCCCAGUAAAGAUGGGCAGAUAACCCCCCUAGAUACCACUCUAGUGUAUAGCUCUGGCAGAGAGGGUGCUUGUCCGCUGUCUCCUAUUUUGUGAAAACUGGUUCCAGGUCCGCAAAAGUGCUUCAAUUGUCUUGUCUCCACGUCCUUGUGCUCUGUUCCUUCUGAAAUAUCUUUUCACUUUGGGGCGAUUUUGGGCUUCAGACAAAAAAAAGGUGGACGAGCAAUAAUGAAGUCGGGACUCCAAAAUUGCUUGCGUUGGGUUGUGACCGUUUGCCGUCGCGGCUCUGGAAUUUCCUCCCAUCAUUUGAAAAUGCGCAAGGGCUCCCUUGUCGUCGUCCCCCCCCCCUCCGGAAACACCUUCCCAUUUUAAGGUGUUUUGAUUGGCAGCACUUUUGAUACCUGCUCCAGUCUGGCCGAGACCGCAACCACUACACACCUUUUUACCAUCCUAAGCUCUGUUAUCCUGCAUUUUUAAUUUUUAUUUUCCAGGAGAAUGUAUGCAACCAGGGUGGAAAUUCCUUGGAGAUGUACCUGGAUGCCUUACAGUAACAUCACUUAUAAAUGUUGAAUUAAACUAA